AUUAUUCGGAUCCGAAGCCCACUAAAACUUGCGAUCGUCCCGGACGGAUCCAUUUGGCUCUGGUCGUCACAAAGUUGUUUGUGCAUCGCGGCGGCGACAAGGGGGCGACGAGGCAGGCGGAGCGGGCGGCGACUACAGCGGCAGCAGAUCUCACGGAAUGGCGGCGAAGGCAAUCUCGAGCCCCGUGCCGGUGGAGUGGUACCCGACGCUGGCCGUCGUCAUGGUAUCCGUAGGCCUCAUGUUCACCGCCUCCUUCUUCAUUUAUGAAGCAACUUCAUCCCGGAGGAGCCGUAGCCUGUCAAAGGAGAUCGCAACAGCAGUUGUUGCUUCUGUUUUCUUGGGCUUUGGGUCUCUGUUCGUGCUUCUUGCAAGUGGUGUUUAUGUCUGAUGACUGGCUAUGGGCCGUGUGUGCUUGUGUUCUGCAUCCCGAGUUGUAGACUUGGUUAUGACAGAUCCUCAAAGCUGUUGUCCUAACGAAUAUAGAGCAUUUGAACUUAUUCUAGAACGAUGUAUGGGAGCAACCGAGUUAAAGCAACGUUUCCUUCCAGGUCUGCAUUAUAUAUCAUCAAUCUAAAUCCCUGUUCCCUAUGUUUCUGCUUA